CCACACUCCAAGGUUGAAACCCCUCUGUAUCUCAACCAUCCCCUCAUUUAUCUACAGCCCUUCUGUGUUAUUGCCACCCUGCAGCAGCAACCUGAGCUGCAGAUGUGGACCCUGGAAAGGUGCUUCUCCCAUAUGGAGGAAGGUGGAGAGACACAAGAGGGACUGGUCAUGCCCAUUACUUGGAUCUCACAUGCACUAGAGCUUGUCCCCAUUUUUGGUUCUGAAAAGGUGCCACCUAGCAUAUCAUCUGCUGCAUCACAAGAGCUUUACCACUGUUUUUUCCUCAAUCACUUUGCAGACAAAGAGAUACUCAACACAUUCCACAGGGGGGGCUCAUUUUGCUAGUAAUUCUGAUGGGGUAGCAUAGUAGGUACACUAUGAUGUAUUAGAAUCCUACAAACCAUGAUCAGUUUGACUGCAUCUGGAUAAGAUCACUGUCAUAAUCAUAGUAAUCAUUAUCACUAGUACCAUUAUCA